ACGACGUGCUGGUGGUGAGGACACAGCACUGCUCACUAGUGCGUGGAGGUGCUUAGAGUAGGUACGCUCAACACAGUUCAUCUACGAAAGUAUGCCAGAGUUAGAUGCCAAGGUCGCGUCAGUCUUGGACCGCGCAGGCCCUGACUCGGAUGACGAAGACGCUCUGAUUGCCAGCCUUGAGAAAGAUGAGGAUGCGUCGCUCUCAGCGUUUCGCGAGCGGCGUCUGCAGCAACUCCAUGAAGAGGUUAAUCGAGCAAAAGCGUUGCGCAGUUCCGACCAUGGCACGUUCCUCGAGGUGAAAGAUGAAAAGUCUUUAAUGGACAUCACCACUCAGACAAAGCUUUGCGUGGUGCAUUUCUUCAAGCCAGACUUCAAUAGGUGCGGAAUAAUGGACCGUCAUCUCGAGACCCUUGCACCAAAACAUUACGAUACACGUUUCCUCAGAAUCAAUGUCGAGAACGCGCCGUUUCUAGUCACUAAGCUGAAGGUCCAGGUACUGCCCUGUGUGAUCGCAUUCAUGGACGGCAAACAAGUCGACCGCAUUAUUGGUUUUGAAGGACUUGGGUACACGCAGGACUCUUUUACUACUAAAGAUCUGGAGUCUCGUUUACUAGAAGCAAACGUACUCGUGCGAUCCAAGCUUGGUGAUGAGGAAGCAGCCAGGAGAGGCUUCCAGCCAAAAAAACAGGUCACUGAAUACGAAGAUGACGAUGAUUGGGAUUGAGCUCUUGUACGCUGUGUCUCUGUACGGAGUGGGCGCUGGUGUAUCGUCGCUUAGAACUAGGUGGCGCUGUGAUCAGCUUGUUCGUUCAUCAUAUAUCCACACAUGUUACACUGGCAGACUUCUGGCGCGAUUCAACAUACGGUCCCGAGACACUGGUCGGCGACUAUGCUGCCACGUAUAAGGCUGCAGCUAUCCUCCGAUUCGUACUAUGUACCGACCAACAGACACUGUGGAUCUACAUGUAGAACGGAGCGUGU